AUGUCUCGGCGCAGUUCAGAUUCAGUUUCUACAGUGCGUGCUGCUGAUGGGCAGAGUACGCCAAGAUCUCUAGAUAAGCCUGACCAAAUCAUUGAGGCGCUCCAACAGCUUUCAGUCCAGAUGGACCAGGUUUCUAGAAAUAUAUCUGGAAUGCUCAAACAAGUGGUUGAUAAGUGUGAAGCAAGCAAGGCCUCAAGAAAUAAUCGGCUGGCCAGUUCGAUAUCUCCUCGGAUUCAAAAUGAUGAUAGAAAGAGAUCAAAUCGAGAGCGGAUGCUCAAAGAUCCAUUGCUGCCCUUUCUACCCCUAGUCAAUUCCACGACAGGAGGAGAAAUCCCAUCCUUCCCUUCUGACUUAAAGGCCCUAAACGAGCUCAACGCAUCAGAUAUACUUCCAAUCCUCGACGCACUCGGAGUUGAAACAACUGCAGCUGAUGGUACCUCGCUUCGGGAGAGGCUCCGGCAGGCUAUCAUGUGA